CUUAGAACCUUCACGUCAGGGGCCGCAGAUUCGCCACUUACCCGCUUCGUGACGAAUGUGCUGAAGCAGGGCCCGCGCCGCGGGGGCAGCAACGUAUCCGCCGGCGCGCGGCCGCCAGCCCCGGGAUGUCGCGGCCGGUGAGGAGGAACAAGAAAAUUGUUGAUUACUCUCAGUUUGGAGACUUGGAAGAUGAUGAUGAAGAUUUUGCAUGUAUAGCUGCACCUUCAAGCAAAAAAUCCAAAUCACAGCUCAAGGAUCCAAAGAAGGAAAAAAAAGAGAAGCCAAAAAAGCCACAUAAGGAGUCGACUUGGUCACAAAAGGAGACACCUAUUAAAAGGCUAUCCUUGGAUGACAAACUUUAUCAAAGAGAUUUAGAAGUGGCCUUAGCCUUAUCCAUCAAAGAAAAAUCUGCAAAAAACCCUGAGGUGCAAAAUUCAGAACAAGGUAAGAAUAUUGAAUCAGGAAAUGAACAGAGGAGACCACUUUUAUCCAACUGCAGCGUAGACAGUGAACUUUUAGGUCUGAAUCAAGUUAUGGAUGAUGACAUACCCGGGUUUGACUUUAGGCAAAGAACAACAUCUAAAGUUGCAGCACAUGAGAAGUCACUCACCAUUGACAGUGAUGACAGAGAGCACACUACUGACUCUGACCCAGAGGCUAUACCCAGUGAGGAGUCAGAAGAAGAUUCUGAUUAUAGUGAGGAUGAUGAUGAAGACUUUGCUGUGAAAAAGCAAAAAGCUAAAGGAAAUAAAAAGAAAACCAGGGAAAAGAUGCCAACAGAAAGAGAGAAGAAAACUGCCAAAGCCAAGAUUAAUAGCACAGCUUCUCUUUCACCGAUCGCAGAACAAAAAUCUGAGCUAACACAAAAGAUGUCCAGUUCUUCACAACCAAUUGGGAGGCCUCUACAUACAUCAAGUCCAGUAACAGACAAGAAACCUAGAUGGAUACCCCCAGCUGCAUCAGGAAGCAGUAAUAACCCUACAAAACACAUUUCAGUUAAGUCACCUACUCAGUGUCUUAGACUCGGCCUCUCCAGACUAGCAAGAGUCAAGCCACUGCAUCCCAGUGCUACCAGCCAGUGAAGCAACAAGUGACAAGGUGCCACCUGGAGGAAAGGACUUGAGAAAGUGUUUUGCUUAUGAAUAGAUGGUGAGCAUCAUCUGGUUUGGAGGACUGUUACUUACAUGCUUAAUACUACAAUGAGUUUUUAUUCUGCAGAGUGCUGGGCAUCAUUAAGUGCUACUGCAUAAUACUGCAUAAUUUAAUCAAGGUGACAUCUGUAUCACAAGCCCUUUGAUGUAUUAUACUCAGAAACAUGUUUGUAGUACUUAUAAUUUGCUGAUAUUUAAACUCUUGGCAUCAAAACCGUCUAGACAGCACUAUGUCAGCUGUAGAUCAACAUCUCAGAUGGAUUCUUAACAUAAAUGAAAGUUACUGCUUGCAAAUAUUUCUUGCAAGAGUUAAGUUACCAUUUCCUGGAAAGUUCAUCCCUGAUCUCUCAAAAUCUGUUCAUGUUUGCAUUUCACAUAUGUGGAUUUUAAUGAUUUUUUAAAAUGUAUUAUAUAGAGAAAUGUAUUUUAGAAUGUUGUAUUUUUUUAUUGAAAUAAAAUAAUCUAUGUAAUUAAAUUAAUUACAUUAAUUGAUUUUACUGAUGAAAAUCACUACUAAACUUCUGACUACCAACCAACUGGCAAGUAUUUUUAUGUGUGCAUGCGCUUUCUGGGAGUCUGCAGCAUUUUCAGGUUCAGACAGGAUUUUGCUCUGAGUUCCUCAGUCUUACCUGAGGACUGUGAUAUACCCUGUAUAAUCUCCUGCCUGACUUGGUACUGUCUUUUAAUUUCAAGCUUGACUUCAAAACAUAUAAUUCAGUUUAAAAUUAGUUUUUGUUACAACAAGGGGUGGUUUGCUUGGUGCAGCUGGGAAGAGUCUUCCCUUGGAAAUUCCUUAUCUGGCACAUUCUUAAGAAGAGAUUGUUACACUGCUAGUGCAACUGUUAGUGGAUUUUUUAAAGUGUUGCAUGAUAUUUAGUGAGUAAUGAGACUAAAUUUUCGAAUUUAUGGGUCCACAAUGUAAAUAAUUUCCUGUCUAAUCUGCUACUGAUGACGCAGCAAAUGCAUUUCUCCCCUCUAUCGUUUAAGGGAUCUGGUCACAACUGAGUGAACUGCAUUAACAAAGAGCUAUGUAGCCCUAUUAUGCAGAGCCAAAAGCAUGGUGCUGCCCAAGGCAAAACUAUGUCAUGACAAAUUACCUUCUUGCUGUAUAGUAUUUACAUUAUUAAAAUUAAUAAAUGGGUAUUUAUUAA